AUGGCUUGCUCCGCGCACCUUCUGUCCCAGAGCCUCUACUCGUCCCACUGCUCCAGCUCGGCUGGGCCCAGUAACCUCCGCUCCCAGGGCCGACCGCCGGCACGGGCGUCUCCCGCUGCGAGGCCCGGCUCGAGGGCCAGGGGCUGUCGGGGUGUCGUCAGCCUGAGGGUCGCCGCGUCGUUCGAGGAGGGGAGGAGGCAAGUGGAGGUCUCUUAUGACCCACAAGCAAGGUUUAACCAGAUAGCGGACCAAAUUGACAAGGAUGCUGGGAUGACACGGCUUAACCUAUUUUCACCUUGCAAAAUUAAUGUGUUCUUGAGGAUAACGGGUAAGAGACCAGAUGGGUUCCAUGACCUGGCUUCUCUAUUUCAUGUGAUAAGUUUGGGUGAUACGAUCAAAUUUUCAUUGUCACCAAAUAAAAGCAGAGAUCGCCUGUCAACCAAUGUUCCAGGUGUCCCAGUUGAUGAAAGCAAUUUGAUCAUCAAGGCACUCAACCUUUACCGACAAAAAACUGGGACUAAUAACUUUUUUUGGAUACAUCUUGAUAAGAAGGUCCCAACUGGUGCUGGUCUCGGUGGUGGAAGCAGUAAUGCUGCAACUGCACUAUGGGCUGCUAACCAGUUUGCUGGCUGUAUAGCUUCAGAGAAGGAUCUUCAAGAGUGGUCGGGUGAGAUUGGAUCAGAUAUCCCCUUUUUCUUUUCACGAGGAGCAGCAUAUUGUACUGGUAGAGGAGAGAUUGUCCAAGAUAUCCCAAAUCCCUUGCCGGAAAAUUUACCAAUGGUUCUUAUAAAGCCGCCUGAAGCAUGCUCAACUGCUGAAGUUUACAGGCGAUUCAAGUUGGAACAAACAAGUCAAGCUGAUCCCUUGACCUUGCUCAAGGAAAUAACUCAAAAUGGGAUAUCACAAGAUGUUUGUGUUAAUGACCUAGAGCCACCAGCUUUUGAGGUGUUGCCUUCACUUAAGAGGUUGAAGAAACGAAUUAUUGCAGCUAGCCGGGAUGAUUAUAGUGCUGUUUUUAUGUCAGGAAGUGGAAGUACAAUUGUUGGGAUUGGUUCCCCGGAUCCUCCUGCAUUCGUGUAUGACGAUGAAGACUACAAGGAUGUUUUUUGGUCAGAGGCUUGCUUGCUCACUCGCGAUGAGAACGAGUGGUACAGGGAACCAAUCUCGUCCAAUGCCACGUCUAGCAAAGAAGGUUUGCAAGGCUCGGUCGCUGACUGA